GACUUAAGCCUGCUUUAUAAUAAAAACACAUGAGAAUCUCACUUUUUCAUAAUAUGGGAUCUUUAAAAUAGCUGUUACCUCAAGGAGCCCAGAAGUAAAGACCCUGAAUGCAGCAGGAGGGCGUGGCUAACCUGACAGAACCAGGAAGGUGUUGCAGAGUGGGAGGAGUGUAAAGUGACGUCACAAUACGUCACGAGCCUCCACCCUGCAGAAGCAACACCCUGCAGCAGCAGCAGCAGGAAGCUCAGCACUAACUUCAGCAGUAAACACACACAGUCGACCCUCAGCUCACCUGAACAGUCCAACCAUGAGGUGGAGCUCUCCUCAUCUUCCUCUCCUCCUCCUCCUCUUCCUCUUCUCCUUCCUCACCACGUUGGUUGGAGGAUUCAAAAUCUGCGCCUACAAUGUGCAGCAAUUCAACUCUGCGAAAGCAUCAAACUCCAGAGUGCUACACACUGUGAUGCGGAUUGUGGCUCGCUGUGAUAUCUGUCUCCUGCAGGAAGUGAUGGAUCCUGAUGGUAGAGUCAUCAAAGCUCUGCUGGUGUCUCUCAACAGGGAAAUUGACAGGUAUGACGAUUACAGCUACAAGUCAGUAUCCAGUAAGAGUCUGGGAAACUCUGCCAACAACAUGCAGCAGUACGUUUUCAUCUACAGGACGGACACGGUGAAUGUGACUGCUCAGCAUCAGUACCAGAAGAAACAGUCCUUCGUCAGAGAGCCGUUCGCCGUUCAGUUCGAAAGCGCGAAAACUGCCAUCAAGAAGUUUAUUUUGAUUCCUCUGCACACUGAUCCCGGUCAGGCCAUCAAGGAGAUCGACCGGCUCUACGACGUCUUUGAGGAAGUCAGCAAGAAAUGGAAGAACACGAAUGUGAUGUUCCUUGGAGAUUUCCACGCCGGCUGCGCCUACCUGACUCGAACCAACAAGAAAAGCAUCAGACUGUUUACCAACUCCGCUUUUUCCUGGCUGAUUGGAGACAAAGUGGACACCACCGUCAACGACGAAACCAACUGUGCUUAUGACAGGAUCGUGGUCCAUGGGAAAACCUUCCUGAAGGCCAUCAGUCCUUUCUCUGCAAAAGUCUUCAACUACCCCAAAGAGUUCAAACUCACCAGGAGCACGGCGCGGGGGAUAAGCGACAGCCUUCCUUUGGAGGUGACGCUAAAGAGCUCCGCCCUUCUCCUUCAGGCCACGCCCCUCCUGAUCCUCAUCACCGUCUCUGCCAUCGUCCAGUCUUUCCUGUCCGCUCUGUGAUCGUCUGCUUCUGUCUGCUCCGGCCUCGAGAUGUAACUGCUCUAAAAGCCUUUUUUUUUGUUCACCUGCACAUCGAUACUCUGAUAACGGCGAGGGAUUAACAUGGUUCAGAGCAACACAGAGUUUCUAAUAGAUUCAGUUCACCUGGAUUAUUAUUGUGUCAUGUGACCAAAAUAUAGCUGAUUAAGCAAAUGACCCAUAACUGGCUGUUUAUCACAGCUUCAUUGGCCCGGUUCAGACCUGGUAUUAACCUGCGUCCUGAGUGAUCCGAACAGAAGUGGACAGCUUUAAGUACGUCUGUUCACACCUGGCAUUAGAAUGCGUCUCCAGUGACCACUUGUGAUCGGAUCUCACUUCCC